UCUCUCUCUCUCUCUCUCUCUCUCUCUCUCUCUCUCUCUAAACCCAACGACGAUCAAGCUCAACUACUUGGCCUCGAAAUCCAUCAGUCGCAAACUCUUCAGGUUAGAUGGAGACAUCGGAGAAUAGAAGGGAACGACUUAAAGCAAUGCGCCUGGAAGCUGAAUCUUCUCACAAUGAUACAACUGCAGAUGUACCGGGAUUCCUUUCUAAUCCACUGGCUGAUGGUAAUGUGGUGCAGGAGGAGCCCUGCUCUCCUUCUAGGUUUGGUUUUUAUACCGACCCUAUGGCAGGCUUCUCUACAGACACUAAACGGUGUAAAGUUGGUGAUCAGAUUGCAUCGACUAGUUUCAAGCAUUCAGAUGCUAGUGGUCUUCCUAUGCCAAGGUUUCCUCCACCUAAUUUAGGAAGACCAAGGAAUCCUGAAAUGCCUCCUCCCUCUCAUCAGUUUCAGAGCCAUUACACACCAGACCAGAGAAUGUACCAACAAAACUUUGUUCCCCAAAGAACUCCUGCAGGAAUGGUGAGACCUCUUGCCAUGCAUCAUGGAAAUCCACCUGAUGUCUGGAAUGGAGCUGAAGGUCAGGCAAGUUAUAAUUUCCCUUCUGAUCUGUCAAGCAGAUUUCCUAGCCCUGGAUACAGACCACCAGGUAGCCCGGGAUACGAACCACCAGGAAGCCCCGGCUACAGACCCCCACGAAACCCUGGAUUUGGGCCACUAGGAAACCGGGGGUCUGGGCCACCAGGAAGCCCCGGAUUCAGGCCACUGGGAAGCCCUGCAUUUCGACCACCGGGAAGCCCUGGAUUUCGACCACCGGGAAGCCCUGGAUUUCGACCACCAGGAAGCCCGGGAUUUAGGCCACCAGGAAGCCCCGGCUAUGGACCCCCUGCAAGUGCUGGAUAUAGUUCCCAUAGUCUGCAAGGUAGGGGACACUUGGUCAGUCAUGGUCAAAUCCCUUAUGGAGUACAUGGAGGUAGUCAUAGUCCUAGUUCAAGUUCAGGUAGAGGUAGGGGACGCCAUGGUUCAGGAUCAGAUAGAGGUGGACGUGAGCUGCAUUCUCAUGAUCGUCCAUUCGAUCCAAAACGCUUCUACAAUGCUUCCAUGGUUGAAGAUCCAUGGAAAGGUUUGGCACCUGUUACAUGGACUGCUUCACCACCUCUUAUCCAGAAGUUUUUAGAUACUCCCUCCAAUGGCAACAAAAAUAAAGCAAGCAUUUCAGAAUAUUCAAACAAGUCCACUCCACAGCCAAACUUGGCAGAAUUCUUGGCUGCCUCAUUCAAAGAAACUAUUGAUGAGGCACCAAAAUCAUAGCAGUUGACCCUGAGUUCCAGGAACGCUAGAAUGCACCUCUCAGAAGGGCUGAACAAAUGCAAAACUAGCCACAGGAUAUACUGCAAUCCACUCUCCCACAGGAUCAGAUUUCUCACCUUGUUGUGGACAAGUGAAUGGAUCAUUUGAUGGACCAGGAGGCUUGUAAUUUUUGCUUAGAGAACUAACUGCUAGCUUCUGGAACUUGUUGUAACAUGGCGUGCUAGUAUUUUAGAUGGCAUGCUUUUUCAGUCGAGGUUGUAAUGAAUGGGCAGUUUGUGUUCUCAGUUUUCUCUUUUAUGCUUAACAUUGUACUGGUAAAACCUAGUUGCGCAUUUGCUACCUUAGAAGUUAAGGGAAACUGGUUCCUAUAUUCUGAAUAA